UUGGACAGUCAAUAUUCAGAGCUACAUAUAUAUAUACACAUAUAUAUAUGUACUACUGAAGUUUAAUUCCUAGAGACCCCAAGAGAGAGUUAUAUUUAUUCGACCAUCUAAAUAUAUGGCCUCAUCAUCAUCAUCAUUAUCAUCAUCAGCACAAGGUUUGCAGUUUAGGAGUACUAUUAUUAGUACAGAUGAUGAUUCUCCAAUUUUGUUUUUCCUUAUUUUCCACAAAGCCAUUCGUAAUGGGCUGAAUGAGAUUCAUAAAUUGGCAACGGCUGGUACCCGUUCUAAUGUUGAAAUAAUUCAAGCCCUUUUGGGGCCUACCCAUUUUCUGGGAUCAAUUUUUAUGCAAUAUUUAAAAGCCAAAGAUAAGGUGAUUUUUCCAGCUGUCGGUGCACGUGUGAAGAAUUUAGAUGAAACGUCGUACUUGGUUGUUCAAAACAAGGAUGAAAAUGAUGUUCUUGCUAAAUUAUUCGAGCUUCUUAAUUCUAGAUUAACUUUAAUGGUCCAAAUCCAAAUCAAUCAUGAAGCUACGUUCCAAACAGAGUUAGCUUCCUUGACAGGUGUCUUGAAGUUAUUGGCUGUUCAGAAUAUGGCUAAAGUUGAGGAGCAGGUGUUUCCCUUGCUUAUUGAAAGUUACUCUCGUAAAGAGCAGGCCUCUUUGGUAUGGCAGUUCUUGAAUGACAUGCCCACAUAUGUGCUAGCGAAGGUACUUUCAUGGCUAUCUUCUUCUCUUUCAAUUGAUGAAUACCAACAUCUGCAAAACUCAUUAACCGGAAUUAUCCCAAAGGAAAAGCUUCUUCAACAGGCCAUUUUCAACUGGAUUAAAAGAAAAGAUUUUGAUCAUGACACCAUUUUGAAUAAUAAUACUUUAAUGGAAAAAGCAAACUGUGAAAGUGAAACUAGUUCACAUCCAGUAGAUGAUUUAUUGCUCUGGCAUAGGGCUAUCAAAAGAGAGUUGAAUGAGACAUUGGAGAAGAUCAAGAGGAUGUAUGUUUCUGGCGAUUUUUCUAAUCGAUCAGUUUUCGAUGGAAGGCUAAAGUUUAUUGCUGAAAUUUGCAUUUGUCACAGCAUUGCUAAAGAAAAAGUCUUGUAUCCAGAAAUAUAUGGUGAAACUUCAAUUUUCCAUCAGCAUAGUGAAGUAAAGAGUAAAUUUAAUGAGUUUUGUGAUUUGAUUGAAAGUGGUGGAGAAAACUCUUCUACUUCAGCUGAGUUUCUUUCAAAUCUAUGUUCUUGUGCUGAUCAGAUAACAGAAACCAUAAACAAACACUUCUACAUUGAGGAAGUACAGGUUAUUUCACUUGCUAGAGUGAACUUAAAUGUCAAAAGGCAACAAGAAAUUUUGUAUCAAAGCUUGUGUAUGAUGCCUUUGAGAUUGAUUAAACAAGUCUUGCCAUGGCUGAUUGGAGUGAUGACUGAUGAAGAAGCUCAUAACUUCUUCAAGAAUAUACAGUUGGCAGCACCAGCAUCAGAUGCUGCUCUCGUAAAACUCUUUUCUAGUUGGGGUUGCAGGGCGAGUAACCAGAGUUUAACUUCAUCUUCAAGAGCAAACAGUUUCUAUCCUACCGAGAAAUUCUUUGAUGUUAAUGGAGAAGAAACUUUUCAAUCACUCUCACCAUUUCAUAUUGCUUUGCCUACUGGAGUAGUCUCCCCUGUUUCCUCCAAAGAUAGCAACUCUUUAAGAUCUUUAAUGAUUUUGGCAGAUAGAAGUGAGGAACAACCAAUAGAUAUUCUGUUUAAAGUGCAUAAAGCCAUACGCCGAGACUUAGAAUAUUUAAGCAUUGAAUCUGCCAGAGUUAGUGAUUAUGAUGAGACUUUUCUGCAUCAGUUCAUUGGAAGAUUUUCUCUAUUUUGGGGUUUGUAUAGAGCUCAUACUGAUUCUAAGGAUAAUAUAGUAUACCCUGCAUUAGAAUCCAAGGAGGGACUCUAUAAUGUGGCUCACUCAUACAAGGUAGAUCAUAAGCAGGAUGAAAAAAAGUUGGAGCAUAUUUCAUAUCUUCUUUCUGAAAUCUCACAAAUUCAUACAAGCUUGAAGAGUGUUCGUAAUGAAAAGGACUCGAGUCUAAGUACUUUCGGAGACUAUGACAUUGAAUGCAUCAGACAGUACCACGAGCUAUGUGGUCGGCUUCAAUACAUGUGCAAGUCCUUAAGAAUGAUGAUAGAUCAACAUAUGUCAAGGGAAGAACUUGAAAUGUGGCCAUUGUUUAGAAUUCAGUUUUCUAGGGAAGAGCAGCAUCGGAUUAUUGGGUUCAUGUUAGGGACAACUAGUGGUGAAGUGCUUCAGUUACUGCUUCCAUGGGUACUUUCUGCUCUUUCACAGGAGGAACAUGAUCAAAUGAUGGAAACAUUAAAGCAUGUAACAAGAAAUACAAUGUUCAGUGAAUGGCUUAAUGAUUGCUGGAAAGACACUUCAAUAAGAACAUUCCCAAAUGGUGAAUUUCAAAGAAGCAUGGGGAUCAGUAUGUUAAAGCCUCGUAAGAAUGGCACUGGAAAGGUUUGUCUAGACUCGGAUUCUGAGAAUGUGACAAAGAAAUACCUACAGAACAGUAUGAUCAGUUACUGGAUGGGUGCUCAGCAAAGACUUCCUCAAUCAUUGAGUUGUAAAGAUUGCACAGGUGAAAACUUAAAAGGAAGAUUCCCAUCGUUUCGAGAUCCUGAGAAUAAGGUAUUUGGUUGUGAGCACUACAAAAGAAACUGCAAAAUUCGGGCUUCUUGUUGUGACAAGCUGGUUACCUGUAACUUUUGCCAUGACAGUAUAAGUAACCAUGCAAUGGACAGGAAAGAAACAUCAGAAAUGAUGUGUAUGAGAUGCUUGAUCAUUCAGCCGAUCGGGCCAAUAUGCAAGACGCCUUCAUGCAGUGGAUUUCCAAUGGCGAAGUACUAUUGCAAUAUAUGCAAACUUUUCGAUGAUGAAAGGGAAAUUUAUCAUUGCCCAUUCUGCAAUAUAUGCCGGGUUGGGAGGGGGCUCGGUGUUGGCUAUUUUCAUUGUAUGUCUUGCAACUGCUGCCUUUCAAUAAGAUUAUUGGAUCAUGAGUGCAAGGAGAAAUGCCUAGAGACCAGCUGCCCGGUCUGCGACAAGUUCUUAUUCACAUCAACUACAGCAGUCAGAGCUCUACCCUGCGGCCAUUAUAUCCAUUCAGCUUGCUUUAAGGCAUGCAAUCCAAGUCCUUAUACAUGCUUGAUCUGCAACCAAUCUUCGGGAAAUACCAUGAAAGCACCAGCAGAAUCAAAAGUUACCGUGGGUGGUGAUGGUCCUGAUUGGAAUAUGAAACCAUACAGUCAUAUUGAAAAUGGGAAUAAGGAAACCUCGCCAUGGACUGAGGCAAACUCUCAGAAGAAGGAUUUUGGAUUAGCAAGGUUUUGGACAAACAGGUUAUAUCCUCUUUUGCUAUGGUUUGUAACACCAUUUUUCAUCACGGGAAAAGCUCAAAAGAUUGGAAAAGAUUUCCAUAGUGCGGUUGAAGGGAACAAAGCAAAAGACAGAUUCUUUCUAUGUUUUGUUAUGGUUUGCUCUUUAGUGGUGUUCUGUGUCAUGAGCAGCCUCGUAGUUUUGCUUUGUCUUAAGAUUGUGGGACAAGACAAGUAUGUUUUACCAUGGUAGAUUAAUUUUCUGUUCGUAUCCCAGGAAACUGAACAUUUUCUGGUAUUCCUGUUUGUUUUUUCAAUAAAGUCUAAGAAGAGAAGAGAAUAAAUGUUAGAGAACUGCUAUAUGGAAUUUGCUUUUGAGAUUGUCACCUUAGGAGUAAGAUAAUGCAUUAGUUGUCUUUUUUUUUU